CUGGAAUUUACCAACACUGCCGAACAGCUGUUCACAGCUACAGAGAGUAGUAAUCGAUAUCGGUCUACGAUAACACGAGGUAAAUAUUGGGAAUAAAAAUAUUUAGCAUGUUGAAAUUAGGCAAGUUUCUGGCGCAGAAUGCCACGUUGGUCAAUCUGGUGGGCAGGCAGCAGCUGGGAACCAUCAGCCGCCUCUAUUCAGCUGCCCCAGAAUCAUCCGACUCGGAUUUGCCGAUCGACAUAACGAAUCCCUAUGAAAAGGACCCGCAGCAGUGCAUCCUGUGCAAGCACAGUAUCGAGCCGCACUACAAGAACGUGAAGCUGCUCUCCCAAUUCCAAUCGCCCUACACGGGUCGCAUUUACGGGCGUCACAUCACCGGAUUAUGCAAGCGCCGGCAGGAGCAGGUGGAGCAGGCUAUUCUGCGUGCCCAGCAGUGCCUGCUGAUGCCGGGAUACCACAAGGACCUCGACUUCCUGCAGGACCCCAAGCUGUUUGAUCCAGAGCGGCCCGUCCGCCCACACAAGUACUAGUUUUCUGAUAACUUUUAGUUUCCUCUUUGUUGCAAUGGGAAUAUAGAGUUUCUUAAUGUUAAAUCUUAAA